AGGUGACGAAAGAAUGUUUUGGUGUUGUGGUUUUCUGAGUUUUCUUCUUCUAAUAAGUGAUACGUAUGGCGGAGUUUCAAAGACCAGAGUACGACGCCAAGAUGCAUCUGCACAAAACGGCCAGCUAAUAGACAGCAUCUUUAACAUUCCAAUAACAGCAAUCAGACAAACCGCCUCCGCCGCCGGAAUUAUUUCACCAGAGAACACGCAGACGAUAGACAGUAUUUUCAAGAUUCCCGUCUCAACUCUAGAAGCUGUUGGCACUCUCAUAAAAACUACUAAUGAGCGAAGACAACAAGCUCCCGAAAAUAUUCUAGCUCGUCAAGAAAGGAGAGAAAAGAUCUUGGCUUUAAAAGAACAGAAAAGAAAGCGGAAAGAGGAAAUUCAGAACCAACGAUUGCAGCAUCAAUUGAAUAGAACUGUCAGACACUACAAAGAUCCGCUUGGAUUAAAUGCGUUGAGUAGUCUUCUGGUUGGACACCACGGUGGACUUUUCGGACAUCAUUCUGGAUUGGGAGACAUCUAUGGGCUUCACGGAGGUCACAAGAUUGGUCAUGGUUUUCACAGCCAUGGAAUUCAUCAUGGUGGAAUCCAUGGUGGACAUCUGGGAAAUCGCCCGCAACAUACCUAUGAAGUCCAUGAGAAUGUUAACGAAGAUACAUCUUUUUUCUGGCACGGUUUGACUGCUGGGUUCGGCACUUUCGCUGGGACUCGACCUUCCAGCACCUCUAUCAAAAUCGAAAAUAAAAUUGCUCCUAAAGAAAAAAGACAAAAAGUUUUCAAAUAUCCGAUUGAAAACGUAAAUCUGCAAAAUAAAAUUGCAAAGAUUAAAAAUAAGGAGCACGAAUAUGACGAUCCACCAUUGGAAAAUAAAAUCGCUCCGAGAAACGGAAAAAUAGUAUUUAUGCAAUAAUAAAACAAUGAUGUAAUAUUGUAAAGAUAUAAUAUUGAUUAUAUUAUAUAAUAUUAAGUUUGUUAAAUUACAAUCAAUGUUUUAUCAUUGAUUUGCAGUGGUAUAUUUAUAGCCGUGAUAAUUAAUAAGUAUUCACUGUUCUUUUUAAUAAUUUGUACUUCGGAACAAAUGUAUAAUCAUUGAAAGAUUAGUAUAUUUAUUUUACUGAUUGACAAGUUAUAAAUAUACUACUGAAAAUUAGUAUAUUUUUACUGAUUCUAAUUUAGAGAGAGUAUUAGUCAAUUUUACUUUGCUCCGCAUAUUUUAUAUUUCGUUUGUACUCU